GUGUGUUCCAGGUGAGCGGAAACAUGGCGGCAGGGAGGAGCGGAGGCCAAGUCUGCGGCUUCGAUCUGGAGAAGGGCCCUCGGAAGUUGAUGAAAGCUGGGAUUGUGCUGAUCUUGGUAGGCCAUGUCAAUUUCAUCUUGGGCGCCAUCGUUCAUGGUACUGUUCUGCGGCACGUGGCUAAUCCAGAAAAGCGGGUGAGCCCAGAAUACUACGCCGCCAACAUCAUCUCUGUGGUGUCCGGGCUGUUGAGUAUCUCAACAGGGAUCUGCGCAAUCCUCGCCUCACGGAACCUGGGCGUCCCCAGAAUUCACUGGUCACUCCUGGUCAUCUCUCUGCUGAACGCCCUGCUCUCAGCAGCAUGUUUUCUGGGUCUUGUAUUGUCGGUGUCGUUAACCAUUGCUAAUGGGGGCAAGAACCUAAUUUCUGGAUGUAACUCAACAGUCCUACCUGCAGAUACCCGCUCAGUCAUCAUGAGCAACGAGUGCCCCUUUGACACAACACGGAUCUACGACACCACCCUGGCUCUCUGGUUCCCUUCCAUGUUCUUUAGUUUAGUGGAGACGGUGCUCUCCAUCCGUUGUUGUGUGGUGGCAUUCAUCCUUCGAGGGAUUGGUCCAUGUGGAGAGACUUAUCAGAGACAGAGGCUGCAGGAAGAGGAUGCAGAGAAGGAGAGGCUGGAGGAUGCGCCGAGGCCAGAGACCCACCAGCUGAUAGAGGCCCGAGCAUAGAGUUGUCCUGGAGAUGUGCUUCUGCUGCUCAGAGGCCUGGGUCAGGCUGGAUGCACUGACUGAGCUGGCGUCCCCAGAUCCUCAGCCCACAUGGCUUCUCAUUCACAGCUUAUUUUUUUUUACUCUUUUGUGUAUUUGCUGUACAUUUGCUCGUCUCAUGUUCAAUGAUUUUCCUUAUAUUUUGUGAAUAAAACUGAUUUUCUUACUA